AUGGCGGAUGAGAAAUCUGAGAAAGCUCCACCCCCGAUGGAGGUGGAUGAGGAGACUGGAACAACUAGAGAAAUUGAUCCGACGCUCCUGAAGCAUGCACAGGAUGCUGACGAAGCGCUGGCGGUCUUCCAAGAUCUCCAUGGUGAGGUCAUAACUCUGGAUGAGUCGACAAACAAGAGGAUUCUUCGCACAAUCGACUGGCACAUCAUGCCAGUCAUGUGUCUCGUCUAUGGAAUGAACUUCCUGGAUAAGACUACCCUGUCCUAUGCCAGUAUCAUGGGGAUCAAAACAGACUUGAACCUCGUAGGCGAUGAUUACCAGUGGCUUGGUAGUCUGUUUUAUUUUGGCUACCUGGCAUGGGAAUACCCGACCAACCGACUUCUUCAGAGGCUCCCCUUGGGGAAAUAUUCGGCCUCUUGUAUUAUUAUUUGGGGUGCGAUCCUGUGCUGUUUCGCUGCCGUCAGUAACUACUCCGGAGCAAUUGCCGUUCGCUUCUUCCUCGGUGUCUUUGAAGCCUCUGUUACCCCCGGUUUCGCCUUGAUCACCUCCCAGUGGUACACAAAAGCCGAACAAGGCAGUCGAGUCAACAUCUGGUUCAGCUUCAAUGGCUGGGGCCAGAUCUUCGGCGGUCUGGUAGCCUACGGUAUCGCCGUGGGAACGGACCGUCACGGCUCUGCCAUCGAGCCUUGGAAAAUUAUCUUCCUUGUCACAGGUCUUCUCACCGUCUGCCUGGGUGUGCUUUUCCUCUGGAUUGUCCCCGACAGCCAGCUCAACGCCCGGUGGCUCAAGCAAGAAGACCGCGUUCUUGCCCUUGCCCGUGUGCGUGUCAACCAACAAGGAAUCGGAAACAAGCAUUUCAAGAUGCACCAAGUGAAGGAAGCCCUUGUGGAUCCUAUGACCUGGGCCUUUUUCUUCUACGCCCUCAUCGCUGAUAUUCCAAACGGUGGCAUCACGAACUUCUUCAGUCAAAUGAUCACCAGCUUCGGUUAUACGGAAGAACAAAGUCUCCUCUACGGUGUCCCCGGCGGUGCCAUUGAAGUCAUCUCCCUUAUCGGGAGCGGCUUUCUUGGCCAAUACACCAACCAAAGACUGCUUUGCUGUACAGGCGGCCUCAUAUUCGGCAUAAUCGGCAUGGUCCUCAUCGUUGCACUGCCUCUUUCGAACAAUGUCGGUCGGCUGUUAGGUUUCUACAUGACGCAAGGGAGUGCCACGCCGUUCGUGGCACUGCUGGCCAUGAUCUCGUCGAACGUAGCAGGCUACACCAAGAAGACGACUGUUGCGGCCAUUUACUUGAUCGGGUACUGUGCAGGAAAUAUCAUUGGCCCUCAAGUCUUCCGUCCUAAAGACGCACCACGCUAUGUUCCCGCAGAGAUCACCAUCAUCGUCUGCUGGGGCGUCUGUCUAAUCAUUCUCGCAUUUAUCUGGUGGUGGUACCGCAAACAAAACGAGAAGAAAGCCUUGGUCCGUGCCAGACCGGAGUACGCACGCAUGGAGAACCAAGAAUGGAUGGAUCUUACCGACUGGGAAAAUCACGAACUCGUGUAUGUUCUGUAA